UGGUUUUGAUAUUUUGACUAAACUGAAGAAUGAUUGAAAUGCUGCGCCCGAGCUCUUGUCUGCGCUUCGGGCCACCCCAAAACCCCACUGUGACAGUUAUUCAAGAAACAUUAAGGCUACUAAAGCUUCCAUGUUUUUUUAUUUAUUUUUUUAUUUUUUAUUGUGAGACCAAUGAAACAAAGUGUCAAGAAAAGCAACCACAAGAUUAGUAAAGGAUCAUUUUAAAUCAAAUCUUCAUUUUUCAGUUUAAAUUUGUCUCUGAGAUAUGGGUGGACAUAACAGGACAGACUGAAAAACACCCAGUGAUUUUCUUCUCAUAAGAAAUACCCACUAGGACCACCUGAUCUGAUAAAACAGUAGAUGGCAGCAGAGAGCUGGUGUGGACCAACGGCACGUGUUACACGACCAAUUUAUGCAAAUGAGGUGCAAUAAAACGGUAAUUGCACUUUGGAUCAGCGUUGGGUGUAGUGCAACAUGUGCGUCAUAAUUCAGAAAACAUGCACAUUGAAUAUUGUGUAAUAAAUGUGCUCGUAUGAUGAUUGAAUCCAUACAUUGGAUUGUCUAGGAUUUUGUAACGAUGCAUGGUCCUGCCCUGUACAGUAAGCAGCACAUACGUCACACCACCCGCGCCUCCGCUCCCAUUUAUGCGUGUUUUCAUCCACAUUCUGCUUCAAGAGCCCAGAAGACACAGCACAUGCGGGUUUGAAGGAUGCGUGACUUCUUGCACUUUUUAUUCUACUAUUCUUUUAAAUGAUGGCUCAGAUUUAAGCGUUGAAUUACAACCAGUUUCUUGCUCCUCCGGCUGAUGAAUCUGCAUGCUUCGUUUCCAGAUGGUGCAGAGAAACUUUGAUAAAAGGUGUUUUCACGCGUGGAUCAGGAGAACUCAGCAUAUAGAGAAAGCAAGCACACAGCUGGGAGGAAGAUGAUAUCGGAUUGGGAUUAAUUCAGAUCGCUUGAGGACUGCUCACUGUUUUUUUUUUUUUUUUUUUUUUAUGAUUCCACUAGAUAUGGAGGAAAAGAUUCACCUUGUUUAUCACCAGAACAUCGCAGUUUAGCCUCACUGACUCGUUAUCUGGUGCUCAGGUCAAUUAUCAGUCGGCCUCCCCCCUUCAGAUCCACUCCAAUAGGAGCAACUUUUCACACUUUAACCCAGACCUCCAACCCGAAGAUGAAUUUUGACCAGAUCCUCUCUGCCAUCGGCGGCUUUGGGAAAUACCAGAAGAUUUUGUACAUCUGGAUUUGUUUACCUCAGAUCCUCCUAGCCUUCCACAUGAUGGUGAGCAUCUUCACCGGGGCCACGCCGCCCUAUCGCUGUCGGGAGAGCUCCAGCUCAGGAGUUGAGAAUCAGACUUUACUCCUCGAUGCAGGCGCAGGGAACCUGAGUCUCUCGGAGUCCUCCUGCUUCUCCUCGCAGGUGCUGCUGCAGCAGGACAACCUGACGGAGCGCGUCCCGUGUGCCCACGGAUGGGUGUACCGCAAGGAGACCUUCCAAAGCACCACUGUCACCGAGUGGGACCUGGUGUGCAGCAAAGCAGGACUGAACAGUCUCGGAUCAUCCAUCUACAUGUUCGGCCUCUUGGUGGGGUCUGUGCUGUUCGGAGCCAUGGCUGACAGGUACGGCCGACGUUUCGUCCUGCUGCUGUCCAUCGCUCUGCAGACUGUGCUCGGAGUUGCUGUAGCUUUUGCACCCAACUUCCCAGUCUACGUGAUUCUUCGCUUUGCUGUCGGGACCACCAUAUCUGGAGUCAUUAUCAAUGCUUUCGUACUAGGUACUGAGUGGACGUGUACCAAGAGACGUAUGCUGGCUGGCAUUAUCACAGACUACACCUUCGGCCUGGGUUACAUGCUGCUUGCAGGGGUGGCCUAUCUGAUACGGGACUGGAGAAAGCUGCAGCUCGCUAUAUCGGCCCCAGGCUUCCUGCUUAUCUUCUAUAUACGGGUGCUCCCCCAGUCUGCCAGAUGGUUACUGGCCAACGACAGGACAGAGGAGGCCAUCGCACUCCUCCGCAAAGCAGCACUUGUUAACGGCCGGGUUUUACCUCCUGCUGUAAAGACUGAAAAGUGGGAGUUUUUAGGUGGCUCAAAGCGAAGUCACUCAGCUAUGGAUCUAGUCCGGACACCGCAGAUGAGAAAGAGAGCCAUCAUUUUGUUCUACAUCUGGUUUGUGAAUGUGCUGGUGUAUUAUGGGCUGUCCCUGGGUGUAUCCCGGUUAGGGACUGACCUCUACCUGACCCAGUUUGUGUUUGGGCUGGUUGAGAUCCCAGCUCGGACUCUGGUCCUCAUCGUCCUGCCCUUCACCCGACGCUUCACCCUGAGUGGCUUCCUGGCUAUCGGGGGUCUUGCCUGCUUGCUGAUGCUCGCUGUCCCUGCAGAUCAUCCCAAUGUCUUCACUGGGCUUGCCAUGGUAGGGAAGUUUGGUAUAACGGCCUCAUUUGCUGUCAUCUAUGUAUACACUGCUGAGAUUUUCCCAACUGUGGCAAACAGGAAUAGGUGUGUCCAGCAUGUUUGCGAGGAUGGGAGGAGUACUGGCGCCCAUUAUAAACAUGUUGCAUAACCACAGUCCCGCUACCCCCCUCAUCAUCUUCGGCACUUCCCCACUUCUGGGUGCCGUUCUCGCCUUGGCAUUGCCUGAAACUGCUGACCGACCUCUGCCGGACACGCUGGAGGACGCAGAGAACUGGGAUG